AUGGGCGCCUAUCUCUAUGGGCGCCUAUCUCUAUGGGCGCCUAUCUCUAGGGGUGCCUAUCCCUAUGGGGCGCCUAUCUCUGUGGGCGCUUAUCUCUAUGGGUGCCUAUCUCUGGGGGCGCCUAUCUCUAUGGGCGCCUCUCUCUAUGGGCGCCUAUCUCUAGGGGCGCCUAUCUCUAGGGGCGCCUAUCUCUAUGGGCGCCUAUCUCUAUGGGCGCCUAUCUCUAUGGGCUCCUAUCUCUAUGGGCGCCUAUCUCUAUGGGCGCCUAUCUCUAUGGGCGCCUAUCUCUAUGGGCUCCUAUCUCUAUGGGCGCCUAUCUCUAUGGGCGCCUAUCUCUAUGGGCGCCUAUCUCUAUGGGCGCCUAUCUCUAUGGGCGCCUAUCUCUAUGGGCGCCUAUCUCUAUGGGCGCCUAUCUCUAGGGGUGCCUAUCUCUAUGGGCGCCUAUCUCUAGGGGCGCCUAUCUCUAGGGCGGCUAUCUCUAUGGGCGUCUAUCUCAAGGGGCGCCUAUCUCUAGGGGUGCCUAUCUCUAUGGGCGCCUAUCUCUAUGGGCGCCUAUCUCUAUGGGCGCCUAUCUCUAGGGGUGCCUAUCUCUAUGGGCGCCUAUCUCUAGGGGCGCCUAUCUGUAGUGGCGCCUAUCUCUAG